CUUUUGCUACGACGACACUGGCAUCUCCUAUUCGAGUAGACAGACUCCAUAGCGACAAGGCUGAUCAUCCUUCCCAUUGGAAGUCCUCUCCGUUGGACAGCUCAUACCGUGGACUGUCUCAAGCACGGGCGAGACACACGACAAGACAAUCCCUUUCAACACUUCGGGGUUUCAACCUUCUUUUUUAACAUCUGUGUAUCAGCUGCGAUCGCACCACCACUUGACAGGUCAUAUUUGGAUACGGCGAAAGCAUCAGAGCCGCUCUGGUGCUAGGAGCACUCCUGUUGGACAGACCUGAAAAAGGACUCCAAUCGCUUCGGAAACAGUAAAUAGAUAAAGUCCUUGGAAACUGACCACAGGCAACAUGCCUCAGACGACCACAUCCCCUGCGUCAUCGCCACCGAUGGACUCUCAAUCCGAGAACACGUUUGACCGCCAUGCACCUCCCGACCGCAAAUCUGAUUCUGUCAACUCCAAAACAGAUGGACCACGUCGUCGAACGGGCCGAAACGUGACCGUCGAUCCAGCUAUUGCGGGGUCUAUACCUGGCUCCACACCUGGGAAUAAUGCCCGACAAAACACUUCGAGUUCUGCUAGAUCAGGUGCUUCAUCCAGAAGGGGGAGUAAUAAUGGAGAGCCAAGUGUUGGAAUCCUAAGGCGGAUGACGACGGGACUGUUGACGCCUGAUCGGAAGAUUGGCAAAGCACCGACUUAUGGGCAGAGUAUCAAGGCGGCGGUGACGAGUUCAUGGUUGAAUAUUCUUCUCGUCUUCAUCCCUAUCGGCUGGGCUCUUCAUUUUGUCAAAUCCGGGGGCAAUGAUAAAAUCUCGGACACCGCUGUGUUCUGCACGACCUUCAUCGCCAUCAUCCCCCUAGCCGGCCUCCUGGGCUUCGCAACUGAAGAAGCGGCACUUCGAAUGGGUCAGACACUUGGUGGAUUACUCAACGCCACGUUAGGAAACGCCGUCGAAUUGAUCGUCGCUAUUCUGGCUUUAAUCAAGUGUGAGCUUUCCGUCGUACAAUCGUCUCUCGUGGGCUCGAUCCUAUCCAACAUCCUCUUGGUUUUGGGCAUGUGCUUCUUUGCCGGUGGUGUGCGAUUCUCAGAACAAGCCAUCAAAUCGACUGCCGCGCAGCUCAACUCGUCAUUGUUGUUGAUCGCCGUCAUUGCUGUCCUGAUCCCAUCGGCAUUCCACUUCAGUAUCACUACGACCAAUAACGGCGAAGGCUACAGUCUCACCGAUGACACCGAAAGAACCGAUCUCUUGGCCAUGAGCCACGGAGUCGCGGUCUUGUUGUUAGUGCUGUACCUUGGCUACUUGACAUUCCAGAUGUGGACUCACGCACACUUUUACUCUGACGAACCAGUCUCCCAAUCUACGACAUACCCUCCUGAAGUCACCAAUAUCGGCGAAAAAUUGCACUUGCCACACCGCAAGAAGAAGCAUGACGAGGAAAAUCCUAUCUCUCCUACCGACAGCUCGAGCACGUCCCGAGAGGACCAUCCCAAUGCCGCCGUAGCACAGAGCGAAGCCAUCCAGGAAACAGACCCACAAGUGAGGCACGGCGAGGAUGAUGAGGAAGAACAGCAGCCGGAAAUGAACAUCGUCGUGACCAUUGCAGUCAUGGUUCUCGACACCGUCCUCGUUGGUGUCACAGCCGAAUUCCUCGUCGACAGUAUCAACGGUCUUGUCGCUUCGAAUCCGUCACUAUCCGCUGAAUGGGUCGGGUUGAUCCUCCUUCCCAUCGUUGGAAAUGCCGCGGAACAUUUCACAGCUGUAUCUGUCUCCGUCAAGGACAAGUUAGAUCUCUCAAUCUCAGUUGCGGUCGGCUCUUCGAUUCAAAUCGCUCUUUUUGUCAUUCCUGUAAUCGAGCUUCUCGCUUGGUGUAUCAGCAAGCCCCUGACCCUUCUAUUCGAUCCUUUCGAGUCCGUUGUCCUUUUCUUAUCCGUCUUGAUCGUGAACCAGACUCUGUCGGACGGUCGAUCAAACUGGAUGGAAGGCCUCGUGUUGAUGUUCCUCUACCUCAUCAUUGCCGUUUCGUUCUGGUACUAUCCCGGAUCCAACACGGCGUUCCUCGCAGGAUGUGCUUCAGGGGAAGGCGCAACUGGGUGAAUGCAGGGCUGAUCUUGAGACUGGGAAAGGAUGGAAUAUUUGUCUGUAUCUUAUCUGCUCGAGUCCCGAAAUACAUGAUUUUCCGACAGUAAUUGUGCAUCUUGAUGAGCCAUGAAGUGGACGAGAUUGACCUGCGCCAUGCCAUACAGGUACUGCCUUGCAGCGUUCUGGUGCAUUUAAAGAUGG